UCUUUUUAGCUGAUCUUUUGCAUUCUUCGUUGACAACUUUUUCUAUACACACUGAUGGGUUCUUCGCUUCCUCCUCAUUCCUUUGUGCUCAACCUUUCGAUUUUAAUUUAUUGUUGUCAUUUUAGUGAUGGAUCAUGUUGCUAAGUAAAAUUUGAAGUAUGGUUUUGUCUUAUUUAUACAUCAUGUCAUUCCCUGCGCUGCAUUUGUAAGCUAUUGCUGGAGUUUUAAAAAAAAAUUGAAAGUUAAUAUGCAUUAGACUUCUUGACCAUAUUAGUCCUUCGGCAUCCUUUAUCCCCCCUGUCAUUGAGCCAAUUUGGACGGAUCUUCAUAAUCAAUAGUCUUGAGAAUUCAUUAUAUAGUUAUUUGUACUUCAGCAGAUAAGCUAUUUGUUUAUCAAGAGUAUACCCGUACUGAUUUUCAUCCCUUCUCUGGCAAUGGGCCAAUAACAGAAAUUAUCUACAUAAACAGGAGCCAAUAACAGAAAUUAUCAGUUGAAUUGAAAAACAAUUCCGUCACCAAGAUCUUUUAUGGAGAAAUUAGUAGAACUGGUUCUCAUCCCUUCUCCGGCAAUGGGCCAUGUUUCUCAGAUGUUGGAGUUAGCCAAGCUUUUCUUAAGUAGAAAUAAUCAGCUCUCAAUCACUGUACUCAUUAUGAAACUCCCUGAUUACAUCGAUGCGGUUAGUGGCCCUUUUGUCGACUCUGUAGCUGCUUCAUCCUCCUCUGAUCGCCUUCGAUUCUUCGAAUUAACAGCUGUUGAUCCAACCCCAGAAUGGAGCUCUAAAACCCGAGGACACUUCGUCAACAGAUUAGUACAAAGCCAGAAAUCUCAAAUCAGGGAAUUCAUAAUAAGUCAACGCCAUGGUAGUGGUAUUAAACUUGCUGGAUUUGUUGUAGACAUGUUAUGCACUCCAUUGAUGGAUGUAGCCGACGAGUUUGGGAUCCCAAGCUAUGUGUUUUUCACUUCCCCAGCUGCUUUUCUUGGAUUGAUGCUUCAUUUCCAGUUUCUUGAAGAUGAGUGUCGUCAAGAUGUUUCCAGUUUCAACAACUCUGACAGUACUACUCUGUUAUCAUUUCCCAGUUACGCAUACCCUGUUCCUCCCAACGUAUUGCCAAUGGUUCUAGCCGAUAGAGACACCUGGUUAGGGAGAUUUCUUGAUUUUGCUCGUGGAUACAGAAAAUCCAAAGGAAUAAUCACCAACACUUUCGCUGAACUAGAAAUCCACGCUUUGGAUGCUUACAAUAAUAACAUAUCAAGAUCAUCUGAACAGGAUCCCUUGCCACCGAUCUAUCCAAUUGGUCCAAUUUUAAACCAGUCAAAAUCUCGGUCGGAGUCAGAGGAGGCAGAAAUAACAAAUUGGCUGGACGAACAGCCACCAAAUUCGGUUGUGCUACUCUGUUUUGGGAGCCAGGGAAGUUUACCAACAUCCCAAGUGAAAGAGAUCGCUAUAGCUCUAGACAACAUUGGGUGCCGGUUCUUGUGGUCUUUACGUCGUCCACCAGAGAGCAACAACGCUCAAUUUCCCGGAGAAUACAUGAGCUAUUCAGAAAUCUUGCCUGAAGGAUUCCUAAACAGGACAGAGAAAAAAGGGAAAGUAGUGGGAUGGGUUCCGCAAUUAAAGGUGUUGUCCCACGAAGCAAUCAGUGUAUUUGUAUCACAUUGUGGGUGGAAUUCGAUACUCGAAAGCAUAUGGUAUGGGGUGCCUAUAGCGACAUGGCCAUUGCACUCAGAGCAGCAGGUAAAUGCAUUUCAGUUAGUGAAAGAAAUAGGAGUAGCAGUGGAGAUCACUUUGGAUUACUGCGAGAGGAAUAAACAACAGCCAAUAGUAACUGCACAAGUUAUCGAAAAAGGGAUAAGUAAAUUGAUGGAAACUAACUCGCCAGUAAAACAUAAGGCCAAGCAGAUGAAGGAGAAGAGCAGGGCCAGCGUAAUGGAAGGUGGCUCAUCAUACUUGUCCCUUGGAAAACUUAUCAAUGAACUACUCAGGUUUUCAUAAUGGCAUAAUGCUGAUGGACCAGUUAUUUGGACAGAGGCCGGCUAAGUUAUUCG